UGUUAAAAUGCGGUCGAUUCUCUGUAAAACGAGACCAUUUUUAUCAAUGUACUCCAAAAUAUGUGAUUAGGGCACUGUUUUAAAGCCAAAUAUGCAAAAAUCCCCCAAACGCCGCAGAGCUGAAGGGGUUCAUCAGAAUAUUCCACAUCAUCAUGACGCGACGAGUGCAGCGGUUAUUUGAACGUUCUUUUUAGAAUUCUUUGUUGGGAGUUUUGGAGAUUUGUGCGGUUGGUGUUUUUGUGCGUUGCUUUUUCACAGUGAAUAUUUCUACGGUUUUUACGGUUUUUGACUCUUUUUCGGACUUUGACUAUCGGCUUUGGAUUCGCGUCGUAUUUUGACAUUCGGUUUUUGACUUUUUUCUGGUUUUGACACUGAUUUUGACUCGAUACUGACUCCCGGUUUUGACCCUUUUCCGCUUUUGACCUACGGCUUCGGACUCUCCUCUGAUUGGUAGCUCUGCUACUGAAAAAAAGCCCGAUCCAUUCAUGGAAAUGGGAGCGAUCGGUGCUUUAUCACUGUGUGUGGAAACACCUAGAGCCGUGUUUGGUGUGCCCCUCAUUAGUCUGAGGAAGAGUGGACAGAUGAGGCAGGGUCUUCCUCUGGCGCUCACACACAUGGUGGAGUUUGUGGAGAAGCACGGUCUCAGCAAGAUCGGCCUGUUCAUAGUCGGCGGAUCAGUACAACGCUGCAGGGACCUAAAGAAAGGUUUCGAUGAUGGAGGCUUUCCAGAGCGUGACAGUAGGGAUGUAGAUACUUGGGCCUCCUUACUGAAACAUUUCCUCAAGGAAAUACCUGGUGGACUUAUCCCGGAGCCACACAAGACACAACUGCUGCAGGUGUUCAGGGAUUCAAAAAAAGAAGAGCUGAAUCAGGCUUUGAGGACUGUGCUGAAGACUCUUCCAGAGGAACAUUUCAAUGUCCUCUGUUAUCUAAUGUACUUCCUGUCCCGUGUUGCCGCUGAGAGUCAUUUCAAUCGAAUGACAUCUACAAAGCUGGCAAGCGUUUUUGGAUCCAACAUCUUUCACGUUCCUUUCAGCCCCACCAUGUUUAAGGAACAGGGGCAGUGUAAUGCUUUGAUUAAGCACCUGCUGGACAAUCUGAUCCACCUGCUGCCAGACAUGUAUCUUCAUGCAUCCGCCAGCAACACAGCAAUUAAAGGUUACCAAAACUGGACGACUUGGGCGAAUGAGAAAAGCGAUUCAGAGGUUUUGGAGGAAUUUGUGCUCAUGCACUCACAGCAGUGA